AUGACUUCCAAAGGCUCGAGGCGUCUUUCUGAGAUGUACAUGGAAGCGAGGAACAAGUGUGAACGCCCAUCUUGGAUAGGUGAGGAUGCUUGGAAAGAGCUUGAUAUUGAGUGGAAGAAGCCAGCCUAUAAAGCGAUAUCACAGCGAAAUAAGAAGAAUCGUAAUUCUGCUAAAGGUGGGUCUGUCCAUACUGGCGGAUCCAUAACUUUCACCGAGCAUACCUUACGGAUGGCUGAAGAGUUGGGUAGAGAACCCACAGUGGAUGAGGUCUUUUUAAGAACUCACAUUCGUAAGAAGGACUCAACUUGGGUUGAUCUUAGAUCUCAAAACACUUAUGGUAGUUUCCAAAGUAAUUUGAAUCAGGCCUCAGAAGGUGCAGAUGAGAGUGGCUCCCAAAUGGUCGACUCUGCGACUCGUUUAAAACUGUGGGCCAAAUCUGUUGGGGGGAAAAAUCGAGGACGUCUAUAUGGUGUAGGAGAUAGGUCCUCGAAUUAUAGACCAGGUGUUUCAAGUCUCGCCCCAGACACUGUUCCAUCUAUGGGUUGCAGCCAAGUUUCAUCCCAUUAUUCUCAUGAGAUGGCAACACAGUUGGCCACACUUGAGGAGCGAGCAAAGGCAGCAGAGGAUGAGGUUCGGAAUACAAGGGAGGAGCUUAGGCAAGCAGAGCUUAAGCGACAAAAGGAAGCUCAGCAGUCAGAAUAGCGUGCUGCAGAGUUCCAAAUGCAGCUGAUAGCGUUGACAAAAAGUGUAGCUGCCAUGCAGGCCGAGCCCUCCCGUCGUCGACGUCGUCAUCCAGAUUAUGAUGAGG